CUCAUUGUGUCUGUGUCGAGGCGUCGGGAGGGCCUAGGUCCGUUUUCGGUGCCCUUCGGCCGGCCUGAGCCCUAGCGUCAGCUCCCUUUUCUCUCCCAGCAUCCCCAGGCCGCUCCCGGGGCUCACGGUACUUUUUCACUCAUUGGCGACUUUUAGAGGGACAUUGAUUUUUACCUCUUAAUCUGGCUAAGACCUCGUGUUCAAGAGAAGCUUCAGCUCUGCCUUUUCAUUGUUGUCCACUUGUGUUUGCAUCGUCCAUAUUUCCUGUCAUUGUCUCUGCAAGAAUCUUUUUUAGCUGCUGGCCUCGUUUAUGAAGGAAUAGUACAGGAACAGGUCUAAAACCUCUAGCCAGAAAGGCUAGCAGAGACCCCAUUUGGAUCACGCCAAUUCAGUGAGCCUGAACAAUGACUGCUGAGUCAAGGGAAGCCACAGGUCUGUCCCCCCAUGCUGCACAGGAGAAGGACGGCAUUGUAAUAGUGAAGGUAGAAGAGGAGGAUGAGGAAGACCAUAUGUGGGGGCAGGAUUCCACCCUGCAGGAGACGCCACCUCCCGACCCAGAGAUUUUCCGCCAGCGUUUUAGGCGCUUCUGUUACCAGAACACUUUUGGGCCUCGAGAGGCACUGAGUCGACUAAAGGAACUUUGUCAUCAGUGGCUACGACCAGAAAUAAACACCAAGGAGCAGAUCCUGGAGCUGCUGGUGCUGGAGCAGUUCCUUUCCAUUCUGCCCAAAGAGCUCCAAGUCUGGCUACAGGAGUACCGGCCUGAUAGCGGAGAGGAGGCUGUGACACUCCUGGAAGACUUGGAGCUUGAUCUGUCAGGACAGCAGGUCCCAGGUCAGGUUCAUGGGCCUGAGAUGCUCGCCAGAGGGAUGGUGCCUCUGGAUCCAGCUCAGGAGUCCUCAAGCUUUGAUCUCCAUCACGAGGCCACCCAGUCACAUUUCAAGCAUUCAUCUCAGAAACCCCGCCUCUUGCAAUCCCGAGCUGUCCCUGCCACCCACGUUCCUGCCCCUGCUCAUGAGGGGAGUCCCAGAGACCAGGCGAUGGCAUCUGCCCUACUGACCGCAGAUUCCCAGGCAAUGGUGAAGAUCGAGGACAUGGCCGUGUCCCUCAUCCUGGAGGAAUGGGGCUGUCAGAACCUGGCUCGGAGGAAUCUCAGUAGGGACAGCAGGCAGGAGAAUUAUGGGAACGUAUUUUCCCAGGGUUGUGAAAACAGGAGUGAGAACAAGGAGUCGACCUCAAAGGCGGAAGACAAAGAGGACUCGGCAUCCCGGGGGGAGACAGCAGGAAGAUUCCAGAAGGAUUUGGGAGAGAAACGUGAACAGCCAGGCAGAGUAGUAGAAAAGCAACAGAGAAACCCUGAAGAGAAAACUGGAAAAGACAAGAAAGAGUCAGGGCCAGCUGCAGCCAAGGAGAAAAAAACCACCACAGGAGAGAGAGCUCCAAGGGAGAAGGGCAAAGGGUUGGGAAGAAGCUUCAGUCUGAGUUCAAACUUUAAUAAUACCCCUGAAGAGGUUCCAACAGGAGCAAAGUCUCAUAGAUGUGAUGAAUGUGGUAAAUGCUUCACAAGAAGCUCAAGCCUUAUCCGCCAUAAGAUAAUCCACACUGGAGAAAAGCCCUAUGAAUGUAGUGAGUGUGGGAAAGCCUUCAGUCUCAACUCGAACCUUGUCCUGCAUCAGCGAAUCCACACAGGGGAGAAACCUCAUGAAUGUAAUGAAUGUGGGAAAGCCUUCAGUCACAGCUCAAAUCUCAUUCUGCACCAGCGCAUCCACUCUGGAGAGAAGCCCUAUGAAUGUAAUGAAUGCGGGAAGGCCUUCAGCCAGAGCUCAGACCUCACUAAGCAUCAGAGAAUACACACAGGGGAGAAACCCUAUGAAUGUAGCGAAUGUGGAAAAGCUUUCAACCGAAACUCAUACCUUAUUUUGCAUCGGAGAAUUCACACUCGAGAAAAACCUUACAAAUGCACUAAGUGUGGCAAGGCCUUCACCCGGAGCUCAACCCUUACACUGCAUCACAGAAUCCAUGCCAGAGAGCGAGCCUCAGAGUACAGCCCAGCCUCCCUGGAUGCAUUUGGAGCAUUCCUAAAAGGUUGUGUGUAAAACAGGAAUUUGUCGUCAAACCAUUACCCCCUUUCAUUCCUAAAAUUAUUUCAGAGAUAUGUGCCCACUGAGGGGAAAAGAAAAGGCUUCAGUAGAUUUUUAAAAAUCACACUCAAGCAUCCUUAGAAUUACAUUGGCAGUGUUCUACCUUUGGGCAUGUAAUUCUUCCACACAGCCCCCGCAGGGAAAAACUGGUCAUACAAAUAAUCCACAUGAUAUUCCACACACGGUGAAAGCACACACAUAGUAAAAUAUCAGACUUUUCCAUAAUGAGGAUACCUUUAAGGCACUGUUGGACUCACAGUAACCAUAGCACAUACUUGAAAGAUGCAGAUUGCUCUGUGAACAUGACCUUUGAGAUUAAGAAGCCACUUGCUGCAAACAAGUCCUGCUUGGCCAACAUCUUGUUUGUUUCUUUAAAAAGAGGGACGUGCUGCUCCAGCUAGUUAUAUACCCCAUAAGUGAUGUGUAUCUGAUCACUGGUAGCCUACCAAAGCAAUAGAAAUCUAGGACUGUACUGACCAAUCUCAAACCAAAGAUUUCUAUCUCUUCCUGAAAGAGAGGGUAUGUGCACCAGUCUACAGUUCCAAAGGACUUCAACAAAUGUAGAUGGCUCUAUCCUCAUCACUGAGAUCAGUUCUACUGAAAUAGCAAUGAGUCAAACACUUCUCCCCCUUCUUGAAGUUCCUGAAGCACUCUAGCACUCCUAAAGGCAUUUCUUCACAAGUUAGCACUUGAUGAUAUACUGUCUUUUAAUCUUCCAUUGUUUUGUCUAUGAGAUUUUAUCACCCCCCCCAAAAAAAAGAUGUUUCUGUUGUCAAGAGAUGUAGUUUUAUGUUCUAUAGCACAGCACUGCACAUAGUGCUGAGCACGUAAGAGGCACUCCUUAUGACUGACUUCUAAUGGAACUUUAAUAUUUAUGAGAAAGCCUUGUGAAUCACAAGUUCCUGAAGUACAGUAGCCUGGCCCAUCUCUCAAAGAGGACCUUCAGAGCCAGUAAGAGGAGGUAUACUAAAACCUCUGGGGUUUGAUGGUAUUUGUGUCUUAAAUAUAAACAAAAAGAACUUGUGUAGAUUUUUCUAAACAUGGUUCAGGAGUAAACAACAAAAUGUCAAGUGACUAUUCUUAGCAUCUUAAUGAAGGUAUGAACACUGACUUAAAGUUGUUUUUUGACAUUUCUCCAUGGCAGUGGUACUAACCAGAACUCACUCCAGUCAGCUGCUGGACAGUAUGAUGAUGGGGACACUUCCUGAAUCAUUUGUAACUGAAGUACCGGUGAUAUAGUUCAGAAGAGGUGAUUUUUUUAUUGCUUUUCAGAAAAAGGAAAAUGGAACAUACUUUCCAGAGAUGCAAAAGCACUUGUCAUCAUUAGCUGGCAAUUACUGCAGGUGUGUGGUUGCUCUAAGUUCACCAGCGUACUAAUGUGGUUGAUUGUAUCACAGUAACAGUGCACAGUGUACUUCUGUUUCUCGUUGCUCAAGACCAAGGUGAGGUUAUGGAACUCCAGUCUCUCCCAUCAUCUGUGCAGGAGGAUACAGAUGGCUUCACAGAAGUUGAUGAAGACUGUGUCACACGUACGGGAGACAACUGAGUGUUGCAGGUUCUCUAGGUAUCAAGAGCUUGGGGUGGAGAUGGCUGUGUUCAUGAGAGCAUUCAAAUGGCAAUGGUCAGCCCUGCAAAAACCUAAAGUGUAAAGCAAACCUGAACACUGACAGUGUAAUCACCAUGUAAUGGGAAAACCCCACAUACAGUUUGAGACUUUUCUCUAAAGAAACAACUAAAACCGUCGUUCAUCAGUCGUUCUGACCAACAGUUAAAGUUCAGGAGAUGAUAUGGCUGAACAAAUGAGGAAGGGAUGCAUAAGGCCGCAGCUGCAGACCAAACUAAAAUUCUAAACACCAGUCAUUUUUUGGCUUCAUUGCUUGGACCAACCACAACUUCCCCUAUAGCAUUUUCUUCAGUUUCUUCCUGGGAAAGCCACAUAGCAGGUUAGUCAGCUACCAGAGUACUUCUAUCCAUUCAAUUUAAGAAAAACAGAAGAGAUACUCCAGAAGAGUAUACCUCAUUCACUUUCUGUGGUGAUAUGGAGGUAGAAAUGCUUUAAGAAUUUUCCUGAAAGAAUGAGGCAUGGUGACGGUUGCUUACAAAAUUGCCGCUGCUUUUGAGAAGCUCUUUGCCCACUAAAAAAGACAUGGUGAAGUAUAUAACUCCAAGCACUCAUGCAAACACUGACUUUGUUCUUAAGGAAAGGACUUCAGUCAGUUCCACAUUGGUUUUUUUUCUUUUUCCUUUUUUUUAAAGCCGCAACUACAUGCUGACAUCUUAGGGUUUGUUUUUAAAUGAAAUUUAUAUAUGACUUGUGCCCUGGCAUUAGGUUCCCAUUUUAUUGGGGUACCUAACUGACUUUGCUGGCUAGCUGCUGGGGUUGCUUCAGAUCUUCAGCAGAUGCACUGCUGGAGGCAGCUAUUUGAAGAUGUGUUUUCUGAGGAAAACAGGCUACAACUGGUUAUUAAAACCAUAGAUGUAUCAGAUGCUCGGUGUGAAGUGUCAUUGGACCAUGGUCAGAAACACCGGCAACACCUAAUUAGUGCUCAGGAUAGUCAUUCAAAAGUUGUGACUGGCGGGACAGUUUAAGUACUCUGUAGUUAACCAUUAGCAUGCGAGUUGACCUAAUGGAACUUUCUGAAGAGUCUUUAAAAAUAAUACCUUAACCUUGCCAGGAAGAGAAGUAAAAUUCUUCAGGCUAUAAGGUAUUUGUUUCUAAUCCAGCCUGGCAGGCAGGGCUAAACCUGAGAAUAUAGAUGUAUGAGACAUGUUGGUGUGUACGGCACUUAAUACUAAAGGCAUAAAAGUGAAACUGCUAAAUGUGUAUAGAGAUGGAUGUGUUUGACAUGUGGGACUAUUCACAUCUUAUAGACAUCCGAGAAUUUACUCCAGAAAGGAGCCUCUUGAAUGUGAUAAAUAUGGCAAAGCCUUUAAUCACAUCUCAGCCCUUAGCAUCAGAAAGCUUACACUGUAAAUAAAGCUUAUUAAUAUUAUUAUAUGUGAAGAAAACUUUCAUGCAUAGCACUCGUUGCUUUGGACAGAUACGAAUUCCCUCAGUAUGUUCCAGUCAUUGGUUAAUUUCAAAAACACUGCAGAGGGAGCUCAGUCUUCGCUCCAAAGAAGAAAACAAUGUGAGGAAAUACUAAAGAAAUAGCAAAAUGUACAACUUCAUACAAACCUGUUAAUGUUGGGUACUUCUUUAUAUUUUAUAUGGCCAUAAUGUUGGUGUGUUUUGUACCUUUAAAACCCGUUAUUCUGUAUAGUCCCCCCGAAACAAGAUUUUGCAUUUUAUUUUAAUGUAUUUGACAGAGCACAUCACUCCAAAAAGUGAAAUUUUGGAGUGAAUAGUGAACAUAGUGAUACAGUGAUAGAUAAAAAGUUACUUCACAGAACUGAGGAGGGGAAAAAAUCAGAAGAAAACAAACCUUCAUUGGUUUGGUGCUUCUUGAAUUGAGAGAUCAAUAAAAUUGUGGAGACACACACAUUAAUAGGGCACUAAAAUGGAACAACUCCCGUAAACAGGAGCUUCUUGAGAGUUUCUUCUCAUUCCCUAGAAGCUGACCUCUGAGCUGCCAGGUCAUUGUGAGCAAAGGAAUGCGUGGAUUCUGUGGGCUUGCCCGGGAAGGAGGGUCUCCAUGAAUUGAGAGUAGGAAGUGUCCUGGGAUGGCUAGUGGGACCGGCUUAACCUGACCAGAUCUGUAAACCGUAGUCCUGCUCCCGCACUGAAUUUUAAUCUUCAUGCUAUAAAACUUCGGAAAACACCAAGGUGGGCUGUUUCCCAGGGUGUAGGGCUGGACACGUCUGUGAUACUAUGAGAGUUGUCUGAUGAGGCUCGAAAAACUUGCAGGCUUGUGGCUGUGCUCCUGUAUACCUUCCCUGCUCCUGCUUUCUUUCCCUCUUAUAUGCUUAUUAGGAGAAAGAGUUUGUGAAGAGUCGUAGCUGUGGAAGAUUUUUUUUCUUUAAUCCUAGGUCACCUUUGUUCCAGAUAGACAUGCUGAUCUACUUAUCUGAAACCAACUCACCAGGUUCCACCUGCCAUCCUCUUGGGAGACCGAUGGUGUGAACUGGGAUAGCAGUAUUGAAAUGUAAUCAUUAACAGUAAUACUUGCUCUGUUUUUGUGCAUUCCUCUCUGAGCAAUCUCAGAAAUAUUUGAAGGAGCUGAGGUUUCCAUUAUGGAAACCAAGUGAAGGUCUACAGAGUAAAUGAAAUACAAACUCAGAAAAGCAAAUGAAGUGGUAUAAAUAGAUCAUUUCAUAGGGGUUAGGGUAGAUUUUUAUUUCAGCUACUACUGGAGAAUAUAAUAGCAUUAUUAUUUGAAAAGUUUUCCUAAUGUAGAUUUAGGUUUCGUUCUAAGCAUACUACUGUACAUUUAAAAGCAGUUACUUAUUUUGCUAUCCAGAUUAAUUUUUUAUUGUAUCUGAAAUUAAAUUAUCUUUUACUUUUCAAAGCUUUGUAAAACAAACUUGAAGUUAUAAGGAGGUAAGCCAUCUCCAAUUCUGCAGGUCAAACAAAAGUUGGAGAAAUACUUUGGACAUCCCAUAAACAGAACGUCUUAACGUGAGCACUUAGUUUCACACUGUGUGACUCUGUUUACUAGGGGACACCACCAAUCUCCUGUCUUUCUCUAUUACCCUAAACAGUGGAAAGGAGAAAGGGGCAUUAGGUGAUUUCUAAACCAUGGUCUGCUCUCAUUUUAACACUUUUUUUUUUUUUUUUAAACCUUGGAGAUUCUCACACCACUGUUUAGUAAAUGAAUCAUGACUCACUUCAAGUUAAACAUUAACCGGAAAGUUCAUUGGUCUUUAAAAGUAAAAUUUCUCCCUUCAGCAAGCACUCGUUAAGCAGUGAGGCUUGGUGCUUGGAGAUACACAGAAUGAGAUCUGAGUGAGUGAAAGAGGCGGUACUGAAACUUGGGUUUUGUUCCAGUUUCAGAUUUGGGUUUUAAAUUCGAUUGGUCCAGGAAGGGGGCGGGGCAGCUGCAGUUACCCUGAGUCAGCAUCCUGUUGUCCCCUCUCAGGUGCGAAGGGAAGGAGAAGCGGGAGGUGUUGUAACACCCCACACACCGUCCUGUCACCUGAGGAAGCACGAUGAGCCUGGAGUGGGGAGAAGAGAAAUUUGAGGGUGAGGUGGCUUAGUGCUCGUUGCCUUCCUCCUCACCUCAACCAAGUAACAGCGUAGAGCUGCUGCUUGAAAUUUCUAGUCUGCCCUAGCAAAGCAUGUUAGACUUAGAGAUGCUUCUGCUGGCAGCAGGAGUUACUUGAUCACAUAUGAGGUGGGUGGGGUGGGAGGAAGCAGAUUGUGAUUAUGCAGAAAAAUCAUGUCCAAAAAAUACAUGAGUGGAGGGAUAAGGGUUGUGUUAUGCAGACAAAAUCAGUAAUUAUUUUAAGAUGAGCAUAAUGUAUUUUUAUUAAACUUUUAGUUAAGUAUAGAUUAUUACAACCAGGUCAACAUGAUAAGCCUAAAUCUAUAGAGAGAGCUAACUCAGGCAUUGUCUUGUUCAUUUUCUAGCUAAAACAACCUGUCCUGUUUUUGUUAGUUCCCAGCUUCUUUUAGGGUAAAUUAGACCAAAAGAAGAAACUUGUCUUUGUAUACCCACACAAUUAAGUUAUUGCUGUUAAAAACUCGGGUUUUCAUUUUACUAGCCUCUGAAGAGUCCAGAUGCUUCGUAGAUGGUCAGUAAAUGAUUUCUAAAUUGAAUUUGUUGAAAACCCUCAUGUACAUUUCUAGAAAAGCUUACACUGAAUUUUGGAAUCUUAGACAAAAGGUGUUUAUUUUUAAAGCUGGGGAAACUCCUUCACUAAAAGUGAAACCUUAAGAGCUAAGGUUUCAAUAGUAAGAGAGAUGGCAGCACAAUAAAAUUUAUAGUCAGUGGUCCAUUUUAGGAAGCCUGUGAUGUCUGACAGAGAAAUGAUAGAGAAUAGUGAAGUUGCGGAAGGAAGUCUUGGAGAUUGUAAUAUUCUCUUUAUGUUGUUUCUCUUCUGGGUCAUGGUAAAACAAUAAAUUAUCAUCUCUAAGUGGCAA